AUGUCGAGAUAUGGCUGGUCUCUCAGCCGCGAGCAGAGCUCUCCGUACAGCUCCAUGGCGGGCGGCGUCCCUGCCGUGACGGACGAAGACUUUAGCUACAUCACAUCGCAAGACCUGGAAGAUCAUUCCUACCUCGGAACAAGACCCGGUGGUCCUCCGCCAGAGGAUGACGUACUACUUAUCAAAAAUAAGGGUGUAACAUACCCUGCGCAUUUCCCGGCAUAUUCCAUCGGAGACGGAAAGCUACGUGUGAAGGAUGUGCGGGAGCGCGUCGGCCUUAUGAUGGAGUUGUCUCAGAGUGCAACUCGCCGCAUCAAGCUUCUUUACAAAGGCCGCCAGCUUAAAGAGCCGGCUGCCCCUGUGCGGGACUACGAAGUGAAAAAUAACAGCGAGUUGUUGGCUGUUCUUCCAGACAUCCAAGACGAGAGCAGCCCGUCCGAAGAGGAAAUGGUCAUUGUCAACGACAACCAGUCAGGCCGUCGCAAGAAGAAGCGAUCCAAGAAGAAGGGGGCCAAGGCCGGUGGUGACUCUGCCAGCAGUCCUCGUGGUAGCACAUCUAACGUCGAAGCUAGUUCACCUACUGGUGCCGGUCCAAUGAAGAAGCUCGACGAGUUGUCCGAGGAAUUUACCAAGAACUGGCUCCCUCUCUGUGACAACUUCAUUGCGUCACCGCCAAGUGACCCCAAGAAGCGUGAGGAUGAGCACAGAAAGUAUUCCGAGUCGCUUCUGCAGAUUAUUCUACUGAAACUGGAUGCUGUGGACACGGAAGGGAUCCCAGAAGUCAGAGCGAGAAGAAAGGAAUUGGUGAAGAAGGUUCAAGAAACACUGAAAGCUUUAGAUGCGGCAAAGGCUUCUUAG